AUGGACAGACGGCCAGAGAUAGACUCCUCGAGGUCGAGAUACUCUCACCCUCCGUCGACCAGCAUCAGCCCCUUCCGCAGCAGAUCACCGUCCCUGAGUCCGUCGCCACCGUUCAAUACCCAGAACCGCCGGCUACAGCUCCGUAACGCUAGAUUCAGGGGAGCGUUGCUUGCUUCGGCGUCUGCGUCUGCGUCUGCACCGUCGUCGAGACAAGUGAGCCCUCCGCAGUCACAGAUCGAAACAUGGAGGAGUGCGUUGGAUGAAAUUGAAUACGAAGACAAAGAAAGCGCGUACGAGAGAGGGACGGGGUAUGAGAGAUUUCAUACAACUACGUCCAGGCCUCACACCCGGCGGUCAAGCAUUCUAAGGGAGUUGGGGAAUUCUACCCAGCGACGGAGAUCACAUACCCCCCGUGUACCGGUGACAUCGAUAUUUCAGACGCAGCCAGACUCGCCUCCAUGGUCUGCAUCAUUUGGCCGGCCAAAAGCUAGUAUCGACGACCAGGGCCACGAACCAGAGCCGGACGUUGGCUGGGAGGAGAAGAUGCAGUCUACCAGAAAGGCGUCGAUUUCAUCGCAAAAGAGCGGCACUUUACCCAGUAUAAGGCUACCAAAGGGGCGGAACCGAGAGGGCCGUCGUGACGCCUCUCAGUACAUCGAGCAUCUCGAGAAUCAGCUCGCGGCAACACUUCAAGACGCAGAGCUGGCUGACGCAAAAACACACGCUGCUCGGUACAAAGCAUUAAACACAGAGUAUCGAAUUCUAAAGCAAGAGUUGGCUGAGUGGGAAGAAAAGUUUGAAGCUCGUGUGCAAGAUGGAGAGGCGGCGAUGGCAGAGCGAGAAGCACAGCUGAAGAUACGGAUACGUGCUCUGGAGCGUGAGGUGGAAGCAAAGGAGAGUAAGAUCAAAGAGCUUGAGUGGGAGGUUGAGAAAGAGUCGCAGAACCGACGGACUCUAGAAGCCAUCACUGCUACGAAUCGCAGUCUGGAGCGUCGAGUCGACGUCUUGACGGAGCUGCUUGCUCAAUCACCUGCCAGGGCAGAACUGCCGCAACCGCCGCCGAUCACGGUAGCAGAUGGCUCCUCUAUGGGCAACGGAGAGAAUAUGUGUCGUACACCUCGACCCAAGUCGAUGUUUACCAAGAUACCGUUGUCGCCUGUUCGACAGCCCCUUUUCCAACCCACCAGCGAACCCAGCGCUUCUUCCGCGGACCCGUGUAAACGGACUGCAGGUGAUGAAGAUAGCCGUGCCUUUGAGCUGGCAUCUGACUCAGGGUUCGACUCUUGUUCCGGUCCAUCACAUUCACAACGCACAUCCCUCCUAUCCAACCAAUCUCUUCAUGGAGCAGCAGCAGGCCCUGGGUCAGCCACUUCGCUGCCAUUAUCACCCGAACUACAACUCCAAGGAAAACUACAGUAUCGAAAGAGGAAGAUGCGUCGCUUCCCUUCUGGUUGCUGCACAUUGAAACCUCUCGUCCUGCCUACUGCCUCUGCUGCUCUGUCGCCUUACGCACCGCCUGUGAACCCGUCAUCUUCACCCGGUUCGAUACAACAGCAGCGGCUGGCACGGUACUUUUCGACAUUACGAUAUUCGAGAGCUGGACCAGGGUAUGACGAAUCGUUAUAUGAUGAUGAGACAGAUGGGGAUGAUACUGACACUGAUGCGGCCAGAAUAGAUGCACUUGCGUCGCUGGAGGGCAAUACAGUGCACUACCAGUCCUUUGAAGAGGCGAUGGCUGGUCAUGACCUGUCACUGGAUGACAUGGAUGAACUGGGCCAUAGUUCCUUUGCGGCCAAAAGCCUCUCACCGGGUAGUGAGAUGGCAGGUUAUGAAGGAGGAACAAUCAGACGACGCCGCAAUCGCAGUCGCAAGAUAUCAGCGUUACGCAUAGACACUCGUCCAGUUGAACGGAUAGUAUCAUAUUCAGCCCGACAAGACGCGUCUCCAUCGUUGCUCGAAAAAUUACAUCUCUACAUCCCACAACUACUAGCCAACGCACGAACACUCGCCUGCCGCAUCCUUUCCAAUGCAUGGCAUUCCAACUGGCACCGCCUCGGUGGCUUAUCAUGGUGGUUCCUUGGGUUACUUCUCGGUACGCACACGCGGAAUCAAUGGUUUAGGCAUUCCACAUUGCGAAAUACAAAAUGUCUUGGAGGCUUCAGAGAAUCAGAGGCGGAAGAACCGUCAACACCUGCCAGUGUCAACCACCGACCCGGUACCGCGACACAGGCCCUAUCGAGAUGCACUCCCGCCAUACAAGAAUGGCUGAAGUUCUCAGUCACGCUCGUUUUAGCUAUUGGUCUUGCUGUCCGUGAUGGGCCAGGCACGUUGAUGUGUCCCUACUCACCGCCAGAAGAUGAUACCAGGCCAAACGUAGAUGCGGUGCCAGAAUCCGAAGUCUACCCGCCAUCAGGGAGAUACCCGUCGAUCCGCACCAGCCUAUCAGUCCUAAGCCCAAGUGCGCUUCCUAGGGACGAGUUUGAUAACAGCCCUGACUGA